AUGCCAGACCUCCACAGCCUCCCUCCAGGCUCCCGGCCAGACAAAGCAAUCCGCAACAACGGCCCUACAGACCUCCUCCUCGAACGUCUCAAACUCCGCGAACUAGCCGAAGGCUGGCCCCUCUACCGGGACGCCUGCGAAUGGGAAAACCUCGCCUCCCUCUUCCACCCGGACGCCUACAUCUACACGACCUGGACGGGCCGCACACACUUCAAAGAUUUCAUCGAGGCGUCGAAACGGGGCAUGGAUGGUGGAGCGUGGAUCAUGCAUCGGUGUCAUGGGGUUAGUACGGAUAUUGACACCGAGGGACGGAGGGCGGUGACGAAGAUGAAGGCGACUAUUACGCAGAGGUUUGUGCUUGAGGGUGGGAUUGAGGUGGAUGCGGAGAGUGAUUGUCGGUUUUGUUUCUUUUGGGAGAAGGGUGCUGGUGCUGGUGCUGAGGGGCAGUGGAGGGCGAGGUUUGUGAGGCAUUGGUAUGAGAAGGACAAACUCAUCCCUGUAACGCCGGAUCGUGUACCGAAGCUGGAUUAUCAGAAGUUGAUGGAGUACCCUCCUGGAUAUCGCCACUUGGCGUACUUGCAGGAGUUGACCAUGUGCGUGAAGGUUAUGAAAGAUAUGCCAGGGCAUCGAAGAGAUAAGCGGGCGGAGGGUGGGAGUCAAAUCUGCGGCGAGAAGCAUGACCUGCUGUAUUGGCAAUGUAAGGCUUGGGUCGAGGGCAAUGAAGUCGAUAUUUAG